UUUAGUGGCACCUUCAAUCACUAAACAAACCGUGAUUAGAGAACCAUUAUCUCCUGCAGAGCGACUAUCUAUAACAUUGAGAUAUUUAUCAACUGGUGAUUCGAUGCAUUCAAUGUCAUAUCAUUAUCUCGCUGGAGUAUCGACAAUAAGCCACAUUAUAGGUGAAACAUGCGAUGCUAUAUGGAACUCUAUUCGUCAGGAAGUGAUCCCACCAUCAAAAACUACAGAGGAGUGGCUACACCUUGCUAAAGAAUUUAAAGAGAAAUGGAAUUUCAAUCAUUGCAUAGGAGCAAUUGAUGGCAAACAUGUUAUUAUUGAGUGUCCACCUAACGCAGGAUCAUCUUAUUAUAACUAUAAAAAUAGUCAUAGUAUUGUGCUCCUCGGAAUCUGUGAUGCACAAUAUAUGUUCACGUUUGUCGAUAUAGGAGCCUAUGGUCGCCGCAGUGACGGUGGUAUUUUUAAAGAUUCAAAGAUGGGUCUAAAAUUCCAUUCAAAGGAAAUGAAUGUACCUGCACCAGAACCUCUCAGCCCAGGUGGACCACCUUUACCAUAUGUUCUGGUGGGUGAUGAAGCCUUUCAAUUGACGGAUUAUUUGCUCCGGCCUUAUCCAGGAAAAGGCGGUUUAAAUGACGAGCGAAAUAUUUAUAACUAUCGAUUGAGUCGAGCCAGAAGAACAAUCGAAAAUACGUUUGGUAUCCUAGUCAGCCAAUGGAGAAUUUUUUGAAGCGACCGAUC